AUGAGGAAGAAGGGCAAAGCGAUCAUUGUAGGAGGAAGUAUAGCAGGCGUAUCGUGCGCACACUCGCUCACGUUAGCAGGCUGGGAUGUUUUGGUGCUCGAGAAGUCGUCCGAACCUCCGGCUCGGAGCCCUACUGGUGCUGGGCUCGGACUCGACCCUCAGGCUCGGCAAAUCAUCAAAUCCUGGCUUCCUCAUCCACACCUCUUAGAUGAUAUCACCUUGCCUCUCUCGAUUGAUCAGAAUCAGGCAACAGAUAGUGAGAAGAAAGUGACGCGAAUUCUAACAAGAGACGAGAAUUUCGAUUUCCGAGCAGCUUAUUGGUCAGAUAUCCACGCUCUUCUGUACAACGCAUUGCCUCAAACCAUGUUUCUCUGGGGACAUAAGCUUCUGUCUUUCACCAAUUCACAAGAUGAGUCCACUGUAAAGGUUAAGGCUUUAGUGAUCGACACUCAAGAAACCGUUGAGAUCCAAGGAGAUUUACUCGUUGCAGCAGAUGGGUGUCUGUCUUCGAUUCGGAAAACAUUCCUGCCAAACCUGAAACUGAGGUACUCUGGUUAUUGCGCUUGGAGAGGUGUUCUUGAUUUCUCAGGGGAUGAGAACUCGGAGAUGAACAACUCUGUUACCCUGAAAGUAAGCGAAGAAAUGAUCAAGAGGAUGCAUGAAGAAGCAGAGACGAUCUGGAUCCCCGAGCUAGCGAGACUCAUGAAAGAAACAAACGAUCCUUUCCUUAAUGUUAUCUACGACUGUGACCCUUUAGAACGGAUCUUCUGGGGAAAUGUGGUGCUCGUUGGAGACGCGGCUCAUCCCACGACCCCUCAUGGUCUAAGAAGCACGAACAUGUCGGUUCUUGAUGCGGAAGUGCUGGGCAAAUGCUUGGGCAAAUGUGGACCUGAGAGACUAAGUUUGGGUCUUGAGGAGUAUCAGAGGAUAAGAUUGGCUGUUGUUUCUGAGCAAGUUUUGUAUGCAAGGCGUUUGGGGCGUGUAAAGCAAGGUCUAGAUCGUGAUGGAAUUGGCCGUGGCGGUUUUGGAUUGGAACAGAAAGAGAUGCCACUUUUUUCUCGUGCUCCUCUUGGCUAA